UGGUAGCAUAAAUGCACUGUCAUUUCGGGCACCGAGAAUCUGCCUUCUCUCGGAUGAGAUGUUCUUGAAUCCGUGAAUCUGUCUCUCCUGUUUCGGUGCGCCUUGUGGUUGGAGUGGAGUUGAGAUACUCAGUCGGAAGUCCGCACCCUUUCGUGAUCCUUCUCUCCCUGGGUCUUUGGUUUGUGAUAGAUUCUGGUGAGACUUUUGGUUUCGAUUUUUGUGGAGGAAGAUCGCGGAGGCGAUUUCAAGCGUAGGCAGGGACUCGCGCUGAGAAUUGUUGUCAGGGAAAGAUUCCCUUUCUGUCUGAGGCCUUGUAAUAUUUGUCGUUUGGGAGCUUAGCGAUCGGGGAUUUGCCUUAGUCACUUGAUUUUGUACAUAAGGAGUGUUCUGUGGCGUCCCGCUGUUCAAUUAACUUAAUUUGUAUAUAAAACUUGCCAACGCUUCUCUCUGUUGUACAUAAAAGAGUUGCGCCUGGAGAAAACUAAAUCUGUCGAAAUCUCUUGUCUUGGAGGUUAUUGUAUGGGCUCGAUUCGUGAAUAAUUCUUUUCAUGAACCAGCUUUACAGUUGUUCAGCUCUUCUUCACUACGCUGUGAUUUUUAUUUUUAUUUUUAUCUUUGUGUAAAGAUUCUUCAAUCUCUGCGUAGCCAUGGAAGUCCUUGCAAGCGCAGUGACCAUGCGCAUUUCAGUUCUAUCACCUUCUCCCACCGAUUUCUGCCCAAACGUUCAUAGGAGGUGUCAAGCAGCACCGUAUAGGAAAAGCACAGGAGGAUUCAACUCUGUCCUCGCGCGGCACCACGAAGGUUUGCGGUCGUCGUCUGCGGUGGAUGUCUUGCGACCUUUAUCUCUAUCCGAGGGCUUUGACGUAGCUGUUAAUUCGCACCUGGCAACGGGGAGAAGUAACGGACAGCAGAGUCGCGGAGUCGUCACGGCAGUAUUCGAGAGGUUUACCGAGAGGGCGAUCAAGUCCGUGAUGCUGGCGCAAAGGGAAGCCAAAGCCCUUGGAAAACGGGAAGUCGGCACAGAGCAACUGUUGCUGGGGUUGAUAGCGGAGGAUAGAGGCAGCGAAGGCUACCUCGGCUCUGGUGUUACGAUUGAGAGAGCCAGGGAGGCCGUAAAGAGCUUGUUGGAUGAAUCCGAUGGCAGCGAUUUGCUUGGACCAGCUACAGAUGUUCCAUUUUCUCAUGGAAGCAAGAGAGUGUUCGAAGCGGCACUGGAACACUCUAAAAAGAUGGGACAUAAUUAUAUUGCUCCAGAGCACAUUGCGAUUGCUCUGUUGGCCGUGGAUGAUGGAGGUGCUAGCAAUGUCCUGGACAAAUUGGGUGUGAAGAAGGGGAAAUUACAGUCAGAGGCUGUGGCGAAGCUGCAGGGUGAGCUGGAGAAGGAAGGUCGUGCAGCAUCGUCAUCGGUUGCCAUGCCACAGAAGGCAGCCGCUGGCGCCGCCGCGUCUACGCGCCCAUCUUCAAGAAAAGAAAAAGGGGCUUUGCACGAUUUCUGCGUUGACAUUACGGCUCAAGCUGCUGAGGGCAAAAUUGAUCCAGUAAUUGGUCGCGACAAAGAAGUGCAGCGAGUGGUUCAAAUCCUUGGCCGACGAACGAAGAAUAAUCCAAUCCUAUUGGGAGAACCUGGUGUCGGAAAGACUGCAAUCGCGGAGGGACUCGCGAUGCGAAUAUGCAAAGGCGAUGUCCCUGAUUUUCUGAUUGAUAAGCGGGUGAUGUCAUUGGACAUGGGAUUGCUGCUUGCUGGAGCCAAGGAACGUGGUGAAAUGGAGACACGGGUGACCAAUCUAAUUGAAGAGACUCGAACUGCAGGGAAUGUGAUUUUACUAAUUGAUGAAGUGCACACACUAGUGGGCUCCGGUUCAGUCGGAAGAGGAGGUAGUGCAGGGGCAGGUUUGGACAUUGCUAACUUGCUGAAACCUGCGCUCGCAAGAGGAGAGCUUCAGUGUAUUGGAGCAACUACCUUAGAUGAACAUCGCAAGCAUAUUGAGAAAGACAAGGCCCUAGCACGUCGCUUCCAGCCAGUAAUGGUAUUAGAGCCUUCACAGGAGGAUGCAGUGACUAUUUUGAUGGGGUUGCGUAGUAGAUAUGAAGAACACCACAAAUGCCACAUAACCAGCGAGGCAGUGGAGGCUGCCGUGUACCUAGCCUCCCGGUACAUUGCUGACCGGUUCUUGCCCGAUAAAGCAAUCGACCUUUUGGAUGAAGCUGGCAGCCGAGCUCGGAUAAACUCUUUUAGGAAGAGGAAGGAGCGGCAAACUAGCAUUUUAACCAAGUCUCCUAGCGAGAUUUGGCAAGAGAUUCGUGCUGUACAAGCUUCACAGGAAGCGGCUCUAGUCACAUCUUCUGGAAAUAAGGAUGUCCUGACAGGUGAUCCGUCCAGCCUAUCAACAACGGAAUCAAGAAUUGGGGACAUGGACAAUGAAUCAUUAUCAGUGCCAGAUAAUGACGCUUUGGAUGCGAGCAUCGUCAGUGAUGAUGAGGAGUUUGCAGAUGGACCUGUGGUCGUCGGACCUGGUGAAAUUGCAGCGGUGGCGUCCAUGUGGUCUGGUAUACCGGUGGAACAGUUGACAAGCGACGAACAAAUGAAAUUAAUGAAUUUGGAGAAAUCUCUCCAGACCCGUGUUGUGGGCCAAGACGAUGCUGUGAAUGCAAUCUCUAGGGCUGUGCGGAGGGCACGCGUUGGAUUGAAGGAUCCAAACCGGCCUAUUGCUGCGAUGCUUUUCUGUGGUCCUACUGGGGUUGGAAAGACGGAGCUUACCAAAGCUCUGGCCCAGCACUACUUUGGAUCGGAAGAGUCCAUGAUUCGUUUGGACAUGAGCGAGUACAUGGAGAGGCACACAGUGAGCAAGCUGGUUGGGUCUCCUCCAGGGUACGUAGGAUAUGGCGAAGGUGGUGUACUCACUGAGGCCGUGCGUCGACGUCCGUUUACAGUUAUUCUUAUGGAUGAGAUCGAGAAAGCCCAUCCGGAUGUCUUCAAUAUGCUGCUUCAAAUCUUUGAAGAUGGUCACCUGACCGAUUCGCAGGGGAGAAAGGUUUCCUUUAAGAAUGUUCUGAUUGUGAUGACAUCUAACAUAGGCUCACAGCAAAUUGCUAAGGGGGGCAGUAGCAAAAUCGGGUUUAUAUACUACAACUCCGACGAAGCAGAUGGUGGAAAAUACUCACAGUUGAAAGAACUUGUGAUGGAUGAACUGAAAGGCUACUUCAGGCCAGAGCUGCUGAACAGGCUGGACGAAGUUGUUGUGUUCAGGUCGUUAGAGAAAUCUCAGGUGCGAGCUAUUGUGGACAUUAUGCUACAGGAAACGAAUUCGCGGUUGGCUGCUCGAGGACUAAAUCUGGAAGUCUCGGAAGCUAUGGUGAAGUUGAUAUGUGACCAGGGAUAUGAUAGAAGCUACGGUGCCAGGCCUUUGAGGCGGGCAGUGAUGAGUUUAGUUGAGGAUAACCUCAGCGAAUCGUUGCUGCAGGGCGAGUUCAAGGAAGGGGACACAGCUCUGUUAGAUAUUGAUGAGACCGGAAAUCCGAAGGUCUUCCGGAUAGAGAAACCUGAUGUCUGUGACCAUGGCCUGUGCUUGCCCGAGUUGAAGACGGUGUCUAUUUCGUCUCCCACAGACUGAAGUUGAUACAGACAUGCGUGGUGAAUAUCACUUUUCUUGAGUUACAAUUCGUGGAGGCAGGUUGAGUCAGUGCGUUAAUGGAACAUGGAAAACACUUUUCAUUCCAGCAAUCCUGGAUACGUCUAGCAGAUGUGUUUGGUUUACUUAGCAGUGUCAAAACUAUUAUAUGAUCGUACAUUAGUUUGUCAACAGAAUGUAGGGUUCCGUUGUACAUAGACUUCGUGUAUACUCAAGUACAGUGUUUGGAUAUUGAUUCUUCGUGCCAACAUUUUUUCAAUUUGCAGUGAAAGCUAUCUGUCAAAUGGCCCUAUUCAUUCACCUGUGUUGUUAUUCACCCUUAAUCCAUUCCAUUAGUAGAAGUUUUUAAUUUAGUGCUUCCUAAUUCUUUAAAAUAGUUAGGUUGUCCUUUGGCACUACAGCUAAGAUUAUUGUCGGUGGUUGUUUAUUCAUUUGAUUAAUAUGAAUACAAUGUCCCUAUUUACGAUGA